ACCUUCGACCUCAAGAGCGGGAUUACUCUACUGUUUUGAUCGCAACGCUUGCCUGAUACGUCAGAGUCCGUGUCUAGCGCACGGAGCUACACCAGCUGAGCGCCUAGCCCGGCUCCGAUGUACCCAAUUAACCUCCACUAUGACAUAUGGUACGCAGAACCUUACUCGAUCGUAAGAGUCUGGUGUCUGCCAGACACCCCGCAUCAUUCGAUAGCCAUCGCUGUAAGCAGCUGCUGCACCGCUAGGUAACCACUGUGGAGUCGCACUCUUCGACCAAAGCUGAUCUUGGGCGGUGUCUGUUCUGGACGCAAGACCGAGUUGCCGACAACACAUAUAUAGCCACGUUUGUCCAUACUGUAGAUUUGCAUCAGGCUCGAACCAUCAAUAGCACAACAUGGACGCUUUUCAGAAGAAGACCUUGAAGACAUCAAGGGGCUACACGUAUACAUACUAUGUGACCGAGGGCGACAAAUCACUCCCAACGCUCAUCUUCCAUCAUGGCUGGCCGGACCACGCGGCAAUGUGGGAGAAGGUCGCGACAGGCCUUCUCUCAACGAAGCAUCCCAUGAUCAUCCCUGAUAUGCUCGGGUAUGAUGGAACGGACAAGCCAACUGACCCUGCCGAGUACCAAUUCCACAAGAUGACCAAGGAUAUCAUGGAGAUCGCCGACGCUGAGGGUGCGCACAAUGUGGUAUCCAUCGGACACGAUUGGGGCUCCAGCGCUGCUUCACGCCUCUACAACCACUAUCCAGACCGAGUCGUUGGGCUCGCCAACCUCAACGUGCCUUACACGCCUCCAAGCGGCGAUACGUUCGACCUCGAGAAGUUCGACGCUGUCACCAAAGAGAAGCUCGGCGUAGCAGUCUUUUCUUACUGGGAUGUGUUCGCCAACGAAGAUGGCCCCAAGAUCCUCUACGACAACCUGGAGCGUACAUUCAGCGCACAACAUAGUGCAGGAAAUGCCAUGUCCAAAAUCUGGACCGUUCCGGGUGCGACGAGAGAGUACCUAACCAAGGGUGGCCAGGAGUAUGAGUUGCGUCCGUACGCCCAGGAUCCGGCAUUCAAGAAGACGUUCAUCGAUCGCAUGACGAGGGACGGCUUUGAGGGUCCUCAGUGCUGGUAUAGGGCUACGACGCUCAACUACCAAAGCGCAAGCGACAAAGAGCUGCCGCGUGAUAGAAUGGUAGUCAAGGUGCCUGCGUUGUACAUUGGGUGUAGUGAAGACCCCGUGUGUCGACCAGAAUUAAUGGCGGCCUACAAGGCGCAAUUGCUCCCGCACCUCGAGGAACCCGAAAUGAUUAAGUCCUCGCACUGGGUGCCAUAUGAGGCGCCAGAUGAGGUAGUGGAGAGGAUUGAGCCGUGGCUGAAGAAACACUUUGGAAAGCAGUAGAGUGCUCAUGUUCAGAUGCAACACCUCUUUCGUAUACUGACGUGCACAAUUUCAAAAGAUCGAGAGGAUCAUCGAAGCAUCUUG